UUCAGGGGUAUAGAUGGCAAAGAGGGUUGGUUCACAGGGGUAUAUGGCCCUUCUUCCACUAGGGGUAGAUUCGAGUUUUGGAGGGAGCUGGAAGAUUUGGCAGGAUUAUGUCAGGGGGCGGUGCAUUGGGGGAGAUUUUAACGUGGCUAGAUGGCUCACGGAGAAGGCUAGUAGCGUUGGUAGUAGAAUCACUCGAAGCAUGAAAGAGUUCAGUGCUCUAAUAGUAGACUUGAAUUUGAGGGACCCUCCUUUCGACAAUGGCAUCUUUACGUGAUCAACGAGCCACUAGACUUGUUCGCACAACUUCUGACCACUUCCCAAUUCAAUUGGCAAAUGAGGCUAUCAAAUGGGGGCCUACUCCUUUCAGAUUUGAGAAUGCAUCGUUGGACUCUCCUCAACUGAUCCCUCUGGUAGAAAACUGGUGGAAGGAUAAUCCAUUGAGAGGAUGGUUUAGUUAUGGCUUCAUGGAAAAACUGAAGGGUUUGAAGGGCAUCCUUGUCCAAUGGAACAUAGAUGUUCUUGGAAAUGUGGGGAAAAAAAGGCAGAGUUUUCGAAAGCUAUAG